GAAGUCCCGGGCAGAGCCCUGGAGGUGACGGCGAUGGCGUCGGCGCUGCUGGUGACGCUGGUGGCCGCGGUGGCCGUGCUGGCCGCGGGGGUGGAGGCCCAGUGCCCCAAACCCUCCGACCUGCGGCCCCUCAACGGCACGCGGGUGUGCGCCCAGCUCUACGCCGACAACAGCCCCUACUACGACCAGUGCUGCGCCGGGGCCGUGCUGGUGGUGCCGCCCAACAGCGACGCGCCCUACAUGCCCCGAGGGUGGUCGGCCCGCGCCUCCUCCCUCGUGGUGGGCACCAGGUGCGAGCUCACCGUGUGGUCGCGCCGCGGCAAGAAGGGCGACUCGCGGAAGUUCGGCGCCGGCGCGGUGCCGCGGCUGCAGGAGGUGCGCCGGGGGCUCUUUGGGGACUGGAACGACGCCAUCCGCGGCUACUACUGCACCUGCAAGUGAGCGGCGGCACCGGGGACGGGGACGGGGCGGGGGUGACACCGGGCGACGACGGGUGAGGGGACGCGGGUCAGGGUGUGCCUGGCGUGGCCACCACGAGUCCAUCCGGGCCGAGAUGGGUCAGCCAAACUCAACGUUGGCCAAGAUGAACCAACACAAACCAAUGUUGGCUGAGAUGAACCAACACAAACUCAAUGUUGGCUGAGAUGAACCAACACAAACCAAUGUUGGUUGAGAUGGGUCAGCCAAACUCAACGUUGGCCAAGAUGAACCAACACAAACCGACGUCAGCCGGGAUGAACCAACACAAACCGAUGUUGGCUGGGAUGAACCAACACAAACUCAACACUGGCUGGGAUGAACCAACACAAACCGAUGUUGGCUGAGAUGGGUCAGCCAAACAGGACGUUGGCCAAGAUGAACCAACACAAACCGACGUCAGCCGGGAUGAACCAACACAAACUCAACGCUGGCUGUGAUGAACCAACACAAACCGAUGUUGGCUGGGAUGAACCAACACAAACUCAACGUUGGCUGAGAUGAACCAACACAAACCAACGUUGGCAGAGAGGAACCAACACAAACCGAUGUUGGCUGAGAUGAACCAAUACAAACCGAGAUGAACCAACACAAACCAAGAUGAACCAACAGAAGCCGAGAUGAACCAACACAAACCAAGAUGAACCAACAGAAGCCGACGUUGGCCAGGAUGAACCAACACAA